GAGUCGCUUGUGUGGAGCCUUUGCCCUCUCUGAGGACAUGGAAAAUCACUGCAAGCCCUCUCUGCUCUUCAGUGUCUUCUGCCUCACACAGCUGUUUACCUGGGUGACCACAAAGCAGUUCCGGGUCUUUGGUCCCUCAGACCCCAUUGUGGCUGCACCAGGUGGGGAAGCUGUCCUUCCCUGCUCCGUGUUUCCAGCUAUGAAUGUGGAGAACAUGCAAGAGCUGAGGUGGUUCCGUGACAGAUUCUCAGAAGCAGUACUUGUCUACCGGAAGCAAGAGGAGCAGAAGGAAGGGCAGAUCCUUGCAUAUUCACAGCGCACCUCACUGGUGAAGGACCAGUUCCAUCAAGGCAAGGCUGCUAUCAGGAUCCAAAAUGUCCAGCUAUCAGAUAGUGGGAUAUACGUCUGCCACUUCAAACAGGGACUGUUCUAUGAAGAGGCCAUCUUGGAACUGAAGGUGGCAGCAAUGGGAACUAUUCCUAAAGUGUACAUCAAAGGUCCAGAAGAUGGUGGAGUGUGUGUUGUGUGCAUGACUUCAGGGUGGUACCCAGAGCCUCAGGUGCGGUGGAUAGACUCCAGAGGAGAGAAUCUCCCAGCAUUCUCUGAGACCCACACUAAAGAUGCUGGAGGACUGUUCAGCACAGAGACCUCACUGGUGGUGAGAGACAGUUCUGUGGGGAAUGUGAUCUGCUCCACCUUCAAUCCCAUCUUGGGUCAGAAGAAAGCCACGCCCAUAUUCAUCCCAGAGUCCUUCUUCCCUCAGGCCACUUUACUGAAGUCAGCUUUUAUCGUGAUCCUGACCAUCAUGGGACUUCUAGUCUUAGGGGCAAUCUAUGUCCUCAAAAGAGUACAUUCUGCAAGUUUGAAGGUGCAGCGGAUUCAGCGUGAGUUACAGAAGACAAUGGAAGAUGAUCUGUGUACUAUUUGCACACUCAUGGACAAGCUCGAUGGAAGGAAAGCAGCCUACAGUAGACUGUGGAGGAAGGUCAUGAUCCUAGCAGAUUGGCGCAAGGAGCACUUCCAGGCCUGAACUUUCACUCUGGAUCCAGCCUCUGCCCUUCUCAUCUCCCAGGACAGGAUGAGUGUGACCCGGAAGGACACCAUCAUGUGCUUGGAUGAGCUCUUCAGUGUGUUAGGAAGUGAAGGCAUGUCUUCUGGAAGAUAUCUGUGGGAGGGGAAGCUAAGAAAUGGAAAAUGCAGCAGAUGCGUUCUGGGGGUCUGUAGGGAAGGUGUGGACAGGAAAAACUUCUAUUUUGACAAUCCAGAUUUUUUUUUUUUUUUUUUUUUUACUGUGGGGCAGUAUUGGAGUAGAUAUUCUGCCUAUAUCGACUCUCAGAGGGCUUCAUUAUCCAUCAGGCAAGCUCCACAGAGUGUGCGGGUGGUGGUGGACUACACUGAAUGUGACAUCUCCUUCAAUAACCUGAGUGACAUGUCCCACAUCUUCUCCUUCCAUGAGGAUUACUUCUCUGGGACUCUUUUUCCAUACUUCAGGAUUAAGUCUGGAAAUGUUUCAAUGACUAUCAGCUCCAUGGCAAGUGUGUCUGAGAGGGAGGAGGGAGAGGAGGGGGAGGAAGGGGAGCAACAAGAGGAGGGCAAAAAGGGGGAAGGCUCUCCAUUCCUCCAGCGUGCCAGGGACACUCUGCUCCCAUAGUGUGCAUCACCGCCUAAGUCUUCAGUGUGACUCCUUGUGGGAGUGUAGAAGCCACAGGCCAAAGCCCCCACGAGUGCUGGA